UGCUUAAUUUACGUUUUGGGCUUCUUUUCACCUCUUUGUUUGUUGUCGUGUUCUGUCACCACCGACUCAUACUCCUGUCGUUCCCAAUUCCUAAUUCCUAAUUCCCAAUUCCCAAUUCCCAAUUCUCAUUCUUUACAACACCAUACAAACCCUUUAUUUUUCAUCACAUUUCAUGGAAUCGCAUUCAUAAUUCGCCUCUUCAAAAUGCAUUCUUUCAGAGACAAAGUGACGCAGAAGUUCUCUCAUCUCUUUCCCAACUCCUCCUCGUCCCAGAAUAGUCCUUAUUCUCAAGAGGAUAAACCCGCGUCUUCAUAUUUAUCUUACAUUAUCCCUUCGAUCAGCUUUGAUGGAUCCAAUACAAGCAAGUAUCAAAAUGAGAGUAAAUCACCUUCUGCUGGAUAUAAUUAUGAGAAUUUUGACUAUCAGGAUGUUCCAUCUGAUAAUUAUGUUGACUGUAGUCCCAUGUACAGUAAUAUGGACUCAGUGAAAGAUGGUAAUGACAAUAAUACUAACGAGGACCAUACCUCUAGAAGGAGCAGUAGCAGUUCUGAGGUUUUUGAGGAAGCAAAUGAGAUGCAAACGCCAAAGACUUCAAAGAAGUCUCGACUCAAUCUUAGUGAUGAAUCUACUUUUAUAUCUCCUGAAUUGUAUGAAUUUUUGGAAAUAUGCCUCCCUAAUAUAGUGAAAGGACGCCAAUGGGUCUUACUAUAUAGUACGUUAAAACAUGGCGUAUCACUUCGAACACUUAUUCGCAAGAGUGCUGAGCUUUCGUGUCCCGGUUUGCUGAUCGUGGGAGAUAUGCAAGGUGCUGUUUUUGGAGGGUUGCUAGAAUGUCCCUUGAAACCUACAGCAAAGCGAAAAUAUCAAGGAACGAAUGAAACUUUUGUCUUUACAACUGUAUAUGGUCAGCCAAGGUUGUUUCUACCUACUGGUGUCAACCGAUACUAUUGCAUGUGUAUGAACGAUUUGCUUGCACUUGGUGGUGGGGGUAGUUAUGCUUUAUGCUUAGAAGAGGAUUUGUUAUCUGGUACUAGUGGACCAAGUGAAACAUUUGGAAACUCGUGUCUUGCUCACAGUCCAGAGUUUCAGUUGAAGAAUGUCGAGUUGUGGGGUUUUGCGCAUGCUUCCCCUUUUCAAGGCUAAGGUGCUUGUUUGAUGUCCAAAAGAAGCUUUUCUCUCUUCUACUUUUCUUCUCUGUUUGGAUGUAGUUUAGUUUAGCCUUGAACUAUUUAUCAAUUUGAUGUUCCUACUCUAUUCUCUGACAUGUUCCAAAUUCUUUUAGUAAUGUAUUGUUGCUUGAAAUUCCAUUUUUUUUUAAAGUUUGGGUUUGUGAAAGCGAAAUGGUGUGCACACAAGGUUGUGUAGUAGAAUAUUCUACAUGCAAAUAUAUGCAUUAACUAUAGAAGGCCAGGUAUACAACAUGAGAAGUUUGUACCUCAGUUCAGUACCCACAAAUAUAACACUGGUUUUACAAUUUGAUUUGACAAACUAAACAAAUUAGAGACAAGUCCUUUGGUGAUGGUUUAAAGCAGUGCCACUACGCUCUCAGAUGUAUUCAAAAAGAACAAGGAUGUCUGUUGGUGGAAACUGGUUGGCCACAUGACAGAACGUAUCUACAACUAUGUAAUUUAAUUGACUUUGGUUCAUGUCUUCUAAACCUUGAUUGAGUGUAUUAAAACUCGUGUUUGAUCUGUUUAUGAUGUAAUCUUUUUCCUGUCUAUUAACAAUGAGCUUUU